GCUCGCCGUUUGGCCUCACAGGACGCCCAACCCGCCACAGACGAUUGCCAAUCAUUUUUAUUCGUAAUCAGAUUGCUGACGUGCUGCAUUUAAAACCAUGAACUCGGACGCAGGCGACGAGUCUGACCACAAAGGGCCGGCAGCUAAGAAACAGCGCGGCUUUGUAGCCAGACAGGCCUGCGACUCGUGUCGACAGAAAAAGACACGAUGUGACGAGGACUUGCCCUGCAGCCUCUGCAAAUCUCAAAACAUAGAAUGCCAUUACAGCCAACGAAAAAUCACAAAAAAUGAAGCCUCUUAUAGCACAAUCAUGCAAAGCAUGCGUCGCAUAGAACAGAAGAUUGACAAUCUCGCCAAACAACCACCUAGUCGGGCAGACCAGAGCAUCCAACGUCUGAUAAAUUCGCCAAUGCCUGUUUCAAUGCCUGCAUCUAUACGCCACGAACAUGAAACUGCUGCUCCAUCACCUGCAUCCGAGUAUCACGGGUCUAGCAACAAGCAGCACCAGCAGCAACCGCGACCAGCGCCCACGCCGCUCAGCUUCAGCGCGCAUCUGACGCUGGCAUGGCCCGGAAUUCAACGACGCUUGCCGCCGGGUGUGUUUGAUGCUUGUCGUGACGUUGGGCUCGACUAUGUAUCUGGUAUGGAGCUGAUCCGACCGCCGCUACCCAUCAUCAGAGAGCCUCAAAUCCAGACCAACUGGCUUUCGCAGCUCAGCCUGCGAACAUUCAAGGACCUGUCAUACUGCUACUUUGAAAACUUCAACACGGCUCUGCCAAUUCUCGAUCAAGAUGUCUACUUUCAACGUACCUUGCCCGCAGCAAUGGGAAACGACUUCAGUGCGGAUUUAGACGCUUGCAUUGUGUUGCUAGUUAUGGCGUUGGGCAGUUGGGACCGCGACGCAGCAUCAGUAGAGGCUGCCUCUACAUUGGCAAACUCGAUGCAGCGAAGCGAUAGUUACAGGUCUACCAGCAGAGAUGUCGACAUGCCUGGGCUUUCAUAUUUCAAUGAGGCUCGCCGGAGAAUGGCAUUCUUCGACUGUGAUACUGGGCUAGAAGCCUGUCAAAUCUACCUCCUGGCUGGAUUGUACUAUGCACAAACACUUCGACCCAAUCAAUGGUGGGUCAUGACAACGAGGGCGUCGCUAUGUUCAGUGCUCUUCUGGAAGGAAGACCAGACUAGAACGAGUAGCACUACACCAACAUUGAGAAAGCCAUUACAUGUCGGAGACUGGGAACGUGACAUGCAGUCGCGUCUCUUCUGGAUCACCACAAUGUUUGAAACUCUACUGGCUGAUGAACUGGGGCUUGCAAACACGUCGCUUCUAGAGUACAGGGAGCAUGUUCCACUGCCAAAGUUUCUUUCUCCAACCUGGCUGUCUAAUCCUCCUUCGGCUAGUGACGCUGCCGCCGAGGCCUUCUUCCAUUAUCAUUUCUUGUCACAGAUUGCGCAUCGUAUUCUUUUGACUAGAAUUCGUGAAAGUCUAUUCAUAUCCGGCGAGAAACAUUCAUACCCGACGGCCGCUUUGGAACAAGAACUUUAUAGCCAGAUUGAGCAAUGGCGAUAUCAAUUGCCGUCUGACCUUGCCUUUAACCUGGACCGCCCGCUGCCAUCAGCCACGCCUGCUCGAACUUCGGCUGCGGCAUGGCUGCGCGGACGCUAUGUGAUUGGAAAAUAUCACAUUCGCCGUCCCCUCUUUCACCGAGCUUUAAGUAAUCCCGCAUCAAUUACAGACGAGGAUGUCUUGAAAUGCGCAGAAACGCUGUCUUUUAUGCUUCAAUGGCUUUCCAUCAUGGAGUAUGUUUUAGCGGGGACCUGUGUUCCAUACAGGUAUUUCAUAUACAGCCAACUGUUUGGGCAACUUGUUGUGGUGUAUGGCUUAGCUGCUUCUCCAGAUCCACGCCUUCGAAGCCUCGUUAAGCAGGAGCAUAGAGACUGGUAUCAGACAUCGCUGCGUAUUCUGUCAAAAGGAACACAACAAUGCGAGACAGUCGCAAAAGACUACGAAAUUGCUACACUACUGUAUGAUCAUUUGAUAAAGGAAGCCAGAUAGAUAGGCACAUGUAAAUAAGCAGAGAGAGUGUAUAUUGAGGUGGGUAUGUUGCCCUGUACAUUAAUUUACCAAAAGGAAAAUCAUAACGCCAUAUUUUGAUGCAGAUAUGUAGCGAAAUAAAUCAAAAGUGUAGAGUAACCUGUUAUGCUUGCUCAGGCUUUGUCUUCUUGGGUGCUCCUUUCUUGAUGGAUGCCCAUGGCAUACCCAGCACUGUCAAAACUUGGCAAGCCGUGAGAACGACAGCAGUGAGGAAGAUGACGACGCAAGCAUGAUUGAAUGCAUCAAUGACGUUGGGAAUAUACUCGGGCUUGACAAUCUUGUGCAGUUCCGUAGCACCGGCCCUGAUCACAGCGUUGGCGUCUAGCCCUGGAAGACCAGCCAACCUAGAAACAACAACGGUGCUGAGAAUAGUCUGACCGACUGUGACGAAGAUGGCUCCUCCAAGCUGUUGUGCAAAAAAUGUUAUAGCCAUGCCUGUGGGGAUAUCCUUUUUGUCAAUAGAAGCCUGGAUGGCAAGGUUGGGAGCCUGCAUGCCAAAGCCGAUACCAAAACCCGUCAGGAACUGAUAACCAAUCCAGUGAGGAGAGCCGGUUGUAGGGGUAAAAGUGGUAAGUAAACCUUCACCAAUGAUAUUGAAGCAUACACCAAUGAUCAUGGAAGGAUUGACAUAGCCACACUUCUGCGAGAUUGCACCAGACACAAUGGAGCCAACCACUAAA